AUGCCUCUCUCGAUGCCUCUCCCUAUGCCUCUCCCCAUGCCUCUCCCUAUGCCUCUCCCCAUGUCUUUCCCUAUGCCUCUCCCUAUGCCUCUCCCUAUGCCUCUCCCUAUGCCUCUCCCUAUGCCUCUCCCUAUGCCUCUCCCCAUGCCUCUCCCUAUGUCUCUCCCUAUGCCUCUCCCUAUGUCUCUCCCUCUCCCUAUGCCUCUCCCCAUGCCUCUCUCUAUGCCUCUCCCUAUGCCUCUCCCUAUGAAUCUCCCUAUGAAUCUCCCUAUGCCUCUCCCUAUGCCUCUCCCUAAGUCUCUCCCUAUGAAUCUCCCUAUGCCUCUCCCUAUGCCUCUCCCUAUGUAUCUCCCUAUGCCUCUCCCUAUGUCUCUUCCUAUGUCUCUCCCUAUGCCUCUCCCUAUGCCUCUCCCUAUGUCUCUCCCUAUGAAUCUUCCUAUGCCUCUCCCUAUGCCUUCCCCUAUUACUCUCCCUAUGCCUCUCCCUAUGUCUCUUCCUAUGUCUCUCCCUAUGCCUCUCCCUAUGCCUCUUCCUAUGUCUCUCCCUAUGAAUCUCCCUAUGCCUCUCCCUAUGCCUCUCCCUAUGACUCUCCCUAUGCCUCUCCCUAAGCCUCUCCCUGUGCCCCCUGUCCUUCUCUAA